AUGGCGGAGCUCAAUAAACCCCUAACUACUCGCAUUAUUCCGCAUCAGUUUCUCAAGCAACUCUUCUUGGUCGGUCACGUACCACAGAGAGCUCUUACAUCUGAUCCACGGCUGUCAUACUCUCUGUAUGUUCCCCAAGAGCACUAUCCCAAGAAUUCUGAACAGAAACUCCCUCUGCUUGUCCAUGUCCAUGGGACCAGUCGAGAUCUCUCCCCCGUCAGGCGUGAGCUAGUCGCCUUUGCCGACUCUAUGCCGUGUGCCAUUCUGGCACCUCUAUUCCCCGCCAACCUAGAAGGACCAACUGAUUUCAAUUCCUACAAAGAUCUCCGCACAAAUAGCCUACGGUCCGAUCUGGCUCUAAUUUCUAUGCUGGACGAAGUUGCCUUUACCUGGCCCGGCAUCGAAACAAGCAAAAUCCACUUGAUGGGGUUUUCUGCUGGUGGUCAAUUCGCGCACCGCUUUCUCUAUCUUUAUCCAGAGCAUUUGGCAUCCGUUAGUGUGGGAUCUCCAGGCCAAGCUACACCAUUGGACUAUCAGAAAAACUGGCCAAAGGGAGUUGCAGACGUCGAAUCUAUAUUCAACAAGACAGUUCGGGAGGAACUUAUCAAAGAAGUCGCCAUUCAGCUAGUCAUCGGUGCCGACGAUGUGAUCGGCCACGGUAGUUCGGAGUUCCGACAGUGGGCGCGAAAGAUGACGACGGCUCUCGCAGGCAAAGAAGCACCAGCGUCUAUUCAGGCGGAUGUAAGCGACUCCAGUCUCGAGGUGGGCAACCGAGUAGACACCAUCAAGAGAUUGCAUACAUCGUGGAAAGAACUUGAGAUUGAGGCAAGGCUGGAUAUUGUUGACGGUGUGGCUCAUAAGUCCGCUGGGGCAGCUCGCGAGUGA